CCAGCCAUGAGAGAAGAUUGACAUUUUAAUGUCUGGAAAUUCAAGGUGAGAGAUUUACUCGACGGAAAGUAACGCGAGUCUCUCGACGACAUUUCCUUCCUUCCCCCCAGCCGUCGAGGGGAAUAAAAGUUUUCCAGCAGGAAAAUCCUUAAGUUUGUUCUCCUCCUCCUCCGAGCAUCAACCCGGCUGCGUCUGCUGCUGCACGCCUCGAUUUACCAACAAAAAAAAAAUGUCUCCUCCGUCUAGAAGACUGCAAACUAAACCUGUCAUAACAUGCCUGAAGACCUUUCUCAUUUCCUACAGUCUGAUAUUUUGGUUCACAGGGGUGAUCCUGUUGGCAGUGGGCGUCUGGGGAAAGGUUAGUCUGGAAGCCUAUCUGUCACUGGCCUCAGAAAAGAGCACCAAUGCACCAUAUGUCCUCAUUGGCACUGGUGCCAUUAUCGUCAUCUUUGGCUUGUUUGGCUGCUUUGCUACCUGUCGUGGUAGCCCCUGGAUGCUGAAACUGUAUGCCAUGUUCCUGACUCUCGUGUUCUUAGCUGAACUCAUCGCAGGCAUUUCAGGCUUUGUUUUCAGACAUGAGAUCAAAGCAGUUCUUAAAGAUGCCUAUUGGAAUGCUGAGAGAACCUACAACUCUACCGGUGGUAAAAGCCAAGCUGUGGAUUCCAUCCAGAUAAGUCUCAAGUGCUGUGGCGUGUAUAACUACACUAGCUGGACAGAGACAGACUACUUCAAGCAGAACGGCAUUCCCACAAGCUGCUGUAUGUCACAGGAUAAUUGCACCCCGGAAAACCUUAAAAACAUCACACUGGCUGAUAAGGUGGUGUACCACCAGGGCUGUUUCUCUCUGGUGACUACUGUAAUGGAGGCUAAUCUGGGAAUCAUUGCUGGGAUAUCAUUUGGAAUAGCAUUUUUCCAGCUUAUUGGAGUAUUCUUGGCCUGCUGCUUGUCCCGUUAUAUCACCAACAAUCAGUAUGAAAUGGUCUAGGAGUCUCAGGUAAUGUUUCUGAAAAAGUUGCAGGUCACCCAGGAUGACAUUUGACACAAAGGGAAGCCAAGUAGUUUUAGUAUUGUGGACAUUUGUGUUCAUUUUAGAAAAUCCUUCAGUUGCCUUUUUAAGUGUUAAACUAAAUAGAAGGGACAGAAUUUUGCUGUAUAAGGGAUCCAAUUUCGGGAUGCAAAAACAUGUAUUUUGUAGUGUGUAUACGUAAUUACGUACGUUCACAGAGGUUUGGAGCAUAUGUAGACCUUCACUUGUUUAUACAGACGAGCUCUACAAAUUAUAAUUCGAGUUGUGCUGCCUUAUUGUAUCGUAGUAGUUAAUGUGUCAUAAAUGUAUGCUUCGAGGGUUUAAUGAGUGGUUUCUUAAAAAUGUGCACUCCCUUUCACUCCUUCCUAUGAUGGAGACCCCUCACUCAAAGGAAUUCUUGUUUCAGAAUCAUUUCUGUAGUUCUCUAUUAU